AUGGCUUCUAUACCCAGCGAAGAGCCUCCCCAGGCGGCAGAGGAGGGCCUACCGCCUGCGCUCAUUGCGCAGGCCGAGGCAGCGAUUGCAGGGAAUAUCCAGCAGAAUGGAAGAACGCUAGCGGUGAGGUCGAAAUCAUAUACGAGGCUGGGCCGUUCGCAAGAUCAGGAUACCAACUCAGCAUCUGGCAAUGUGAGAGCUCCUCUUACGAGAACUAGAACCCAUCUCGGUGUCCCCAAUAUCCUCACUGUAGAUGGUCCCGAAGCACCGCCCGCAUUUGGAGAUAAGCAUGAUAGCCUAGAGCUGAGCCAGGAUGGGUUUGAUACCAAGGCACGCGUCACAGAUGAUGGGCGGGUCAAUAUCAGCAUCAACCAGAAGACUCGAAAAUUAUCUGAUCUUCUGGUGCCUGCGCUGCGAAACCAGCUCUCUCUCGUUGCACAGGAAGAGGAGAAGCCGCUCCCGCCAGGAUAUAUUCCACCUGCGCUAGGGGGACUUCCCGGCCAGACACCACCACCGAAGCUGAACGUUGUUAUUCAUGUGGUGGGAUCUAGGGGAGACGUGCAGCCGUUCGUGGCGUUGGGGAAGUGCCUGAAAGCUACAUAUGGUCAUCGAGUGCGUCUAGCGACCCACCCCACGUUCCAAAGCUUCGUCGAGGAAAACGGCCUCGAAUUCUUCAGUAUCGGCGGUGACCCUUCCGAACUGAUGGCAUUUAUGGUCAAGAACCCAGGACUUAUGCCCGGAUUCGACUCCUUGAAGUCCGGUGAUGUUGGGAAGCGCCGGAAGGGAAUGGAGGAGAUCGUCCUCGGCUGCUGGAGAUCAUGCGUUGAGGCUGGCGAUGGCCUAGGUCCACCGCCGCGGAACAGCGGUGAUAGCAUCUCGGGGCUUUCUGGCGGCAUCAAUAUGGAUACAAAUCCCACGGAGCGGCCUUUUAUCGCUGACGCUAUCAUUGCGAACCCGCCUAGCUUCGCUCACAUCCAUAUUGCGGAGAAGAUGGGCAUUCCUCUCCACAUGAUGUUCACAAUGCCGUGGUCACCUACGCAAUCCUUUCCCCACCCCCUCGCAAACAUCCAGUCUUCGAACUGCGAUGUCAAUAUGACGAAUUUCGUAUCGUACGCAUUGGUCGAAAUGAUGACUUGGCAAGGUCUUGGAGACGUUAUCAACCGCUUCCGGGAACGAGCACUCGGACUUGACCCAAUCAGUUUGAUAUGGGCCCCAGGGAUGCUAAGCCGUCUUCGGAUACCAUAUACAUAUUGUUGGUCGCCAGCAUUGAUUCCUAAGCCUAAGGAUUGGGGGCAGCAUAUCUCAAUCUCGGGCUUCUACUUCUUGUCCCUAGCUUCUUCCUAUUCACCCCCUCCAGACCUUGCUGAGUUUCUCGCUGCUGGCGCACCACCGGUCUAUAUUGGCUUUGGUUCAAUCGUGGUUGAUGAUCCGGAUGCAAUGACCAAAUUGAUAUUUGAAGCCGUCAAGAAGGCUGGUGUCCGAGCCUUGGUUUCGAAGGGCUGGGGAGGACUUGGGGCUGAUGAUAUGGAAGUCCCUGAAGGGGUCUUCAUGCUGGGCAAUGUUCCUCAUGAUUGGCUUUUCAAACACGUCUCCUGUGUCGUUCACCACGGUGGUGCUGGAACCACAGCUGCUGGUAUAGCUACCGGAAAACCUACUGUCAUUGUUCCUUUCUUUGGCGACCAACAAUUCUGGGGUGCGAUGGUGGCAAGAGCCGGAGCUGGCCCUCUCCCCAUUCCACAUAGACAGUUGACGGCCGACAAGCUAGCAGCCGCAAUUCUCGAAGCUCUCAAGCCUGAGACUCUGGAGAAAGCCAAAGAGCUAGGUGCCAAGAUCAAAGAGGAGAAAGGGUCCGAGCAGGGAGGCAAAAGCUUCCAUGACAUGCUAGAUGUUGAUAAUCUGAGAUGUUCUCUCUCGCCGAGCAGAGUUGCCGUCUGGCAAGUUAAGCGCACCAAGACCCGACUCAGCGCCCUGGCUGCAGCUGUCCUCGCAGACCAGGGCCUUCUUGAUUUUGCUGAUCUGCAGCUUUAUCGGCCCCGAGAAUACGAAACGGAGGAUGGGCCAUGGGAUCCUAUUUCCGGGGGUGCUUCGGCUUUGUUGGGGACUAUUGCAAGUCUCACAAUGGGUGUCGCGGAUUUCCCUGUCGAGAUAUUUAGAAGUGUGAAAGAUAAGCAUCGGAAGGCUAAGCCGAAAGAAAAUGCUACGCAGUCGUCAGGCUCGGGCUCGGAGCCAUCUACAAUUAUUUCGCGCGACCAGCCUGAGGCGGAGUCCGGUUCGGAAGAGAGUGCCAAGGCAAAAGACCAGGAGGCAUCAGAGCCCUCUUCACAGCCAGACUUGUCCUCCGCUCCAUCAACGAAAGUCUCCUACGACAGCGAGGUUCGAACAUCUAACGAUACUCGUGCUAGUAUUGACACACCGCUGACAAGUACUUCGUCAACGGGACCGCAACGUGGGAGAUCACUCAGAGAAGCACUCAGAGGAACACUUUCGAGGUCGAGAUCGAGAUCCGGUUCAAGUGAUGGAUUAUCACGAUCCGGCUCAAAGAGCCGCUCACUUUCGCGUCGAGUUUCCAUCCACCGCACACCUCCCGAAUUCGAUCCCCGAAAGCUAACGGUGGAAAACGUUGUCGGUGCCGGUAAAGGGAUAUCUCGUAUCGUGGGGGCGGGCAUAAAAUCGCCUAUGGAUUUCACACUGGGUCUCGCUCGUGGAUUUCACAAUGCGCCGAAGUUGUAUGGCGAUGACACUGUGAGGCCUCAGGAGAAGGUUACGGAUUUCCAAAGUGGUCUUAAGGCAGCUGGGAGGGAAUUUGGAUUCGGAUUUUAUGAUGGGAUAUCGGGUCUCAUUACACAACCAAUGCGAGGAGCCGAGAAGGAGGGUACAGCUGGUCUGCUCAAGGGUAUCGGAAAGGGCAUUGGAGGACUUAUCAUGAAGCCGGGCGCAGCAAUUUGGGGUCUCCCAGGCUACACUUUCUUGGGUAUUCACAAGGAGGUCCGGAAGCUCUUUGGUUCAAGUGUUAUAAACUAUGUUAUAUCGGCACGGACAGCACAGGGGUAUGAAGAAUUCAGGACAUCCACUGCUCGGGAACGUUUGGAGAUCAUCACCCGCUGGCGCGAGCAUAAAGCCGAAUACCAGAAUUCCAAGCAGAAGCCUACUGAUGCUGAGGGCCAGGAUACAGAUCAGCUCACUCCAAAGGGAUUCUUUCACACAAGACACCUCAGUUUUGACGAGAGGAAAAGGUUAUACGAGGAGAGGAAAGCAAGGAGUGAGGCAGAACGCACCAAGGUCCGAAGCGAAGACCACACUCCACGCCCCGGGCAGCAGACGUCCAUAGUCUCAGACUCGCUCUCCAGCGACCCGAACCUCGAAUUUGAGCAGGCGAUCCACGCCUCCGUAGCCGCUACCUCACGCGGGGACCUCACCGAGGACCGCAUGAUCGAGCGAGCGAUCCGCGCCAGCGUCCGCGAGCUCCAAACCGACGACGACGCCCUGCUCGACGACCAGGAAGCCCUCAACCGCGCCAUUCAAGCCAGCAUCACGGAAGCAGCGCGCCGCCAUUCCAGUGACGGCGAAGGACCCAUCGCCAUGACGGACGUGGAAGAAGCAGCUCACCAAGCGGCCCUCGAGAAAGCGAUCCAGGAAUCCCUAGCUAACUACCAGCUGUCACAGAGCUCAGGGCUCGAAGCUCAGGAGGAUGAGAACGUCCGUCUCGCGAUUAGGAUUUCGAGACGGGCGGCUCCGCAUAGUGAGGAAUCUGAGGAUGAGGAUAUCAAGCUCGCGAUUAGGAAAUCGAGGGAGGCUGCAGUGGAGAGGGAGGAGCUGCAGCGCGCACGGACAGAAGAAGAGAUCGUGUUAGAGUAUGUUAAGAAGCAGAGCCUGAUUGAGGAGGCUCAUAAGUCGACCCUUGAGGCUCAGUCACAGUCAUCGGCUCCAGGAAAACAGCGAGGACUGAAGGAAGAAGAACAGAGUGCAGCGGAUGAAGAGGCGCUGAGACUCGCUAUUGAGGAGAGCUUGAAGGGCUCUGUCUCUGGAUCAGGAUCUGGGACUCGCGACGAUGCGGUUUAA